CACUCACACACACACACACACACACAAAAAGAAAGCAAAGAAAAGAAAAUGCUGGAGGAAGCAAGCGGCAUUCUCCCGAAAUGAUUUACAGUGGAACAGAGGAAGUGAUCAUCCCUACCUGAGUCAUAAUGCAGGCUGUUUAAGUAGCACGCGGUAGUUUUUGCUCGCGCGCGCGCCAUCGGUACCGGCGUCUCGGCGCAGUGGACGCAGUGAUGGGCUCGGUCACAUCGGCUCUGACCAGAACCCGCAACACUCUGGUGAAGGUGGGCUCGGAGCCGCAGCGCGAGGCGGACCCGGACCCGGAUCCGGACGGAGAUUCGGGUCACGCGCGGCGCACGAGCGUCCGCGGAGUUUUCCCGGGCCGGCGCGGGAACAAGGCGCGCGCCAAGACGGCGGCAUCCGAGGUGCCGCACGCGCAGGACGGAGGCACCGAGGCGCAAACGCAGAGCACCACAGAAGGCGUGGCUAAUGAAGAUGGAGAAAGCAACAGCAGGCCGCCGGCGACGUUUGCACGGUCCAAGUCCCAGAAUGCAUUGUGGAACGCCAUCACAUCUGGGUUGGGAGUCAAGGAAAAGGUCAAGGGUCAGAGGAGCAUCCCAGACGACCCACGCAGCCCGGAGGAGAUACUGGCUGAGGAGUUUCCUUCUGUAGACAGUCCAGAUGCUACGGAGAAAGCCGCCAUCAGACUGCGGUGUUUGGUGAAACAGCUGGAGAGAGGUGAAGCGUCCCUGAUUGACCUGAAGAAGAACCUCGAAUAUGCAGCCUCAGUGCUCGAAUCCGUCUACAUCGAAGAGACGAGGCGGUUGGUGGACACGGAGGAUGAGCUCAGCGAUAUCCAGUCAGACUCGGUGCCAUCAGAGGUGCGUGAUUGGCUGGCCUCCACCUUCACACGUCAGAUGGGGCUGAUGCUGAGACGGACGGAGGAGAAGCCGCGAUUCCGCAGCAUCGUACACGCUGUGCAGGCUGGGAUAUUCGUGGAGAGAAUGUACCGGCGGACAUCCAACAUGGUGGGCUUAAGCUACCCUGCCUCUGUCAUAACUGUGCUCAAGCAUAUAGACAAGUGGACUUUUGAUGUGUUCGCUUUGAAUGAAUCAAGUGGUGACCAUGCACUGAAAUUUAUCUUCUAUGAACUCCUCACCAGAUAUGACCUCAUCAGCCGAUUCAAGAUUCCCAUCUCUGCUCUGGUGUCCUUCGUGGAGGCCUUGGAAGUGGGAUACAGCAAGCAUAAAAACCCGUAUCACAAUCUCAUCCACGCUGCAGACGUCACACAGACUGUACACUACUUAAUGCUCAAGACUGGCAUGGUGCACUGGAUGACGGAGUUGGAGAUCUUCGCCUUGAUCUUCGCUGCAGCAGUACACGACUACGAACACACUGGAACCACAAACAACUUCCACAUCCAGACCAGGUCAGACACAGCGAUCCUGUACAAUGACCGCUCGGUGCUGGAGAGCCACCACGUCAGCGCAGCGUAUCGCCUCCUACAGGACGACGACGAGAUGAACAUCCUCUACAACCUGUCCAAAGAUGACUGGAGGGAGUUCAGGGCUCUGGUGGUGGAGAUGGUGUUGGCUACAGACAUGUCGUGUCAUUUCCAACAGGUCAAAGCCAUGAAGAACUUCCUCCAGCAACCAGAGGGAAUUGACAAACCAAAAGCACUUUCUCUGGUGUUACACACUGCUGAUAUCAGCCAUCCAGCCAAAAACUGGGACCUCCAUCACCGCUGGACCAGCUCACUGCUGGAGGAGUUCUUCAGACAGGGUGAUAAAGAGGCAGAGCUGGGGUUGCCUUUCUCACCACUGUGUGACCGCAAGUCCACCAUGGUGGCUCAGUCUCAAAUCGGGUUCAUCGACUUCAUCGUCAUCCCCACAUUCACUGUCCUCACAGACAUGACAGAGAAGAUCGUGACGCCGCUCAUCGACGAGGCAACGCACUCCAGCCUGGCUGGCUUCCGCAGGUCGAGUCUCAGCAGCAUUUCCACAGCAGAAACGAAGCAAGCGAACAUGAACAGCCCGGCCUCUGAGAGCAGUGCUUCCCACAACUGCUCACUGCUAGCUGUGGACCUGAAGAACUUCAAGGCCAUUUGGAAUGAGCAAGUUCUUCAGAACCGUGAAAGGUGGAAGGCGCGUGCUGCCAAAGAAACAGAGGAGAAGGCCAAACGUGAGUCUGAGGAGAAGGCUCAGCUGGAGGCAGGCCAGGAGGGACAAGCAGAGCCAGGGAUGGACCAGUCAGUACCAAAGAGUGAGGGAUUAGGACAGGAGCCAGAGCCUGGUGGGACAACGAGUGGUCCAAUCGAGACUGAAAAUGAAGAAAACACAUCAAGCAUGGAAGGCAACAAGCAACUACACAACGGCGAGGUGUCGGAGGGUGUGGCAUCACCAGGAAGUGAUGAUGGUGAAGACAAAGCACUCAGAGAGACUGAAAAGAACUAGCAUGGGCGCUGUAUGGAGUGUGACUGCUGUUUAGGCCUCUCUACCUUUGCCUGCUCAUGGCCUCCUGGUGGUGUGUGUGUGUGUGUGUGUGUGCGCGUGUGCUCUGAAGCUCCACAGCACCCUCUGCUGGAUAAACCUGUGCUUACACUUUUUUGCUUCUUCUGCUUCCUUCAUCCGGAAGGCAAUUGAUUGCUCUCUGUGACUCCAUUGACCUUCUUCAAGGCAGAUCUGUGGCUUGUUCGGGGAAUGUGUUGGUGUGUGAGGUGGCUGGGGGUCAGCCGCUGGUUAACUUCCUUUCAUAGACUCUCGUCUGUCAGUCUCAAUGCCUGGACUGGCUGGGAAAUACAAAAACAGCUGCCAUCACAUUCAUUGGAUUUUAUUUCUUGUCUAUUAUUUUCUAUCGAAAGUAAACAUAGAGUGCCUUCCUCUAUUAGCUGUUUAUCCACCCCUUCUCUAUUUCUGUCUUUCCUUCUUCCUUCUUUCCUUUCGCAUGUGUCAGCGUAUUUGCUUGUCUUUUCUGUUAGAAGCAGAAGCUGACUCAGGUCCUUUCUGCUCUUUAAUGCCUUUGCUUGAUCUCUUUCAUUAUAAACUUUAUUUAUUUGCCGCUUCCUGACUGCUCAGCAACCUCAUCCGCAAAACAGCAAUUUUUUUCCAAUUUGCCAGCUGCUUAUAUUGCACCACAUUACACGAGGAACUCAACUAGAGAGACCUAAUGCAUUUCAAAUAAAGUUAUUUAUAUACAUUCGUCAGACGAACUUACCAAACAGAACAUUUUGCCUAAUUAAUAUUUGUUGCCUUAUAAAUAGUAUUUAUAUGUUACUUAUAUUUUUAAAAUUGCAUGCCAUCUAUGAAUAGUAUGUCAAAGUAACUGGACUUCUCCUAAUCUUGAAGGCAAAAUGUUUUCAAAUGGAGUGAAUGAUAUCAUAGGAAUAAAAUACAAUGCUAUAUAUGCUAACAAUUAAAGAACAAUGCGUCAUACUUUUUAUCCAUUUAAUGUUGGAGAACAUCCGAGAGGCAAGUUAGUUCCUGUUAUUGUUUACGUUAUAGCAGCUAUAAACCGUCAUUCUCUCACCAGAAUCUCUUUUUCUCUCUCCCUCGAAGUUACUAAGAAAAAAGAAGCAUGCCAUGUUGCAAAGAAACAACAAAAUGCAAUGUUCUCUGUCCUUAGACUCUCUCAUGAUGAAAAACCUACUGACUGUUACAAAGUGACACUGACACUGGAGACUCCUUCCAAAAAUGAUAGUCAUCUCUUUACAGAAUGCUUCACCAUAUCAACAAGAUUUAAUUUUCCUUCUGACCAGUUAGAUUCAAGAAUUCACCAGCAUUGUGGUAUAAAGUAAAAAUAUCACAUCAUGAUACUUGAAUAUAUUUUCAGAAUACAGAAAAAAACACGCAUAAGGUCACCAAAAUACUUCCCAAAAAAGGUACUAUGAUGUUAUAUUUCAUGUCAUGAUAUCGAUAGUAUUUCCCAGCCCUAUUUUUAGGUUUAAAAAGUCAGUCGCUUUGACUUAUUAAGAUUAGAAUUAUUCAAUGACCUGUAUGUUUGAAAACCUUGAGAAACAUCUCACACAUCCUUAUAAUACAAGCUGCUGCAUUUCCCAAGGCAUGGCACAUGCAUGAUCUUAUGUAAGGCUUUAAACUCCUUGACCCGUUUCUGAUGAAAAAAAGACUUCAGAUUUAAUCAGAUGCAAUGAUAAUAUACAUGCGCUACAAACACUCGAAUAUAAUCCUGUAUCAGACUUUUGAGUGUGACAGCAUCUGGUUGUUUUGUAAAAAUGAAAAAAAAAAAAGCUUCAGCUUAUAUCCCAUAACCUAGCUUAUUCCACAAGUGGAUUAAUUAAACCAUCACUGGUUGUAAAUAUGGUUUGCAAAUUGAAAAAAUACAACACACUGCAUGUAUAUGUAUAUUUUACUAUAUAUGGAUACCACCAAGAUGAAGGAUUUUCGAGAGCUUUUAUAAAAAAUGCUUGGAAAAAGUGGCAGUAUUUCCUAAUCAGCCUCAUACACAUUGAUUCCCCUUCACAUGGCAUGACAGUCAGUAGCACGGUAUUACAGUCAGUCAUAUAGUAGGACAGUCAGUCGCACCGCGUGACAGUGGGUUGCAUCACAGGACAGCCAAGAACACAGCAGGACAGUCUGUCACAACAAAGGACAGUCAAUUACAGAGCAUGACAGUCAGUCACACCACAGGACACUCAGUGAAACAGUCAGUUGCACCAUAGGACAACCAGUCACAUGGCAGGACAGUCAGUCACACCAUAUGACAGUCAAUUACAGAGCAUGACAGUCAGUCACACCACAGGACACUCAAUCAGACAGUCAGUUGCACCAUAGGACAGUCAGUCACACCACAGGGCAGUCAGUCACACUGCAUGAGAGUGGGUCGCACCACAGGACAGCCAGUCACAUGGCAGGACAUUCAGUCACACCACAGCACCGUCGAUCAGAUGGCAGGACAGGAGGACUGUCAGUCACACAGCAGGACCAUCCAUCAGACAGUCAGUGUCACAGCAUGGCAGUUGCACCACAUGAGACAGUCACACCACAGGGCAGUCAGUCACACCACAUGACAAGUCAGUCCUAUGGCAUAAUAGUUACACUGCAUGAGUCAGUCCUACCACAGGGCAGUCAGUCAUACAGCAGGACAGUCAAUCAUGCAGUAGGACAUUCAGUGACACCACAGGACAGUUGCACCACAUGAGUCAGUCACACAACAGGACAGUCAUUCACAGCACAGGAAAGUGUCUGCUUGUCAAGGUACACAGAUAAAUUGUUAGCAACAAUGACUACGUAUAUUAUAGCUGUAAAUAAGUGUAGAUUUUAACCAUACCACUGUGCAUUGUCGGCAAUAUCUACAAUGUGAUGCAGUGAACUUCAACUUCUGAUACUCUGUUAUGUGAAAUACCACUUAUACAGUCCUGUCCUUUUUUUCUUCUUUCAUCAUGCUGGUAGUGUUCUCUGCUAGACUCACUGACCUCUCCUGUCCUCUCUGCUGUAUAAUACUUUCAAACAAUAUUAUGCAUUUAAAACUAACAACGUUGUAAUGUCGUAAUAACCUGGGGGCCUGAUUUGUGGUACCUUUUGUGGUCAUUUGUGGUUUCCUAGAUUCAUUGUGUGUCAUUGUUUUUAUUUCUGUACUUAUAUUCAUGUGCCCCAAAUUAGCACCUGUAAAUAAAUGUAUAGUUUAGUUUAGUUGGAUUUUUUUUAUUUGUAUACUGUAAACACGUAUGACUAAAUGUAUGUAUAUUAUGUUUUUUUUUCUUCUUCUUCUGAGUUUAAUGAAAAAUGUAAGCACUUAAUGUGGAAGGUGAAAGCAAAUGUUUUUUAGUUUGAACCAUUUUAUGGGAAAAUGAUACAGUUUUGUGUUUCUACUGAAGUCUGUAAUCUGAAUGGAUGUGAAAUGCAUUGAACACAGACAUUAUCUAAUAGGAACAGUUUACCGCAACGCGACUAACAAAGAACAAAUUCUGCCGAGAGGAUGUGCGCAGGGUGUAAACGAUCGACGUUAGUUUGUGUAAGUGAACAGAGUGUUGAGAUUGCUUUUUACUGGAGUGUCUACUUUGCCCGUUGCAAUGCUUUUGGAAAACCAGGUCGAUUUGGUUGUCACUGUUGAUUUGUACUACUUACUUAAUUAUCAAUACGCCUCCCGGGUACACACACACACACACACACACACAGAUUUAGUAAAUGUGGUCCUUGGUGUCUGGAGCCCUACACAGUGCCCUGUGAAGGCAAACCACAGUAACUAUGCUAACAAUGAAACUGAGAAAAACUUAUGACACUUAAGAAAAUUCGCUAUAGUUUAUCAGGGUCAUUAAACUCAGAACUAGCAUGGCACUAGCAUAAUUUCCUGUGGUACUUCAUGGUUACUGUUACUGUUACAUGGUCAUGGUUACACAUAUGAUAAAUAUGAAAUGAAACAAUGCUGUUAUAGAAAAAUAGUCAACAAUAUCAUUUUGGAAAAUCACCAAACUGUUCAGGAUUCCACUUACGUUGCCACUUGGUUUAGCCCUAACAUAUGACAUUUGAGCCAUAAAUUCAUAAAAAUAGAGUUAAACCUCAAAAAAAUGUUCUGUAAUAAGUUGAUUAUGAAUGAAGAAUUGAGUUUGGGAUUCAAAUUUACUUUAAAACAUGGAACAGUAUCUAAUUAUGAAUAAAAUAUAAGGGUUAAAAUUUGCUGUCAACUGUAAUCCAAGGUUGUCCACCAGGGGGCAUUGUGUUUACAGUAUGGAAGGCUGGUUUGGGUGGAGGCAACGAAACUCUUGCACACAAACACACCACCUGUGCAUCCAUAUAAUACUUGCAUAGACUUACACACUACAUGUACUGCAUCUACUGUUCAUGUCCAUAUUAUGCAAACAUUCAUUGAACAAUUGUGAGUGCGUGUGUGUAUGUGUGUGUGUGUCUAGCUGAAAGAGGCAUUGUUUUUCAGCUUGCUACAGGACCACACACAUAUAUAAAGGUGUUUAUUUCAUAAGUGUAUAGUAUGUGUGGGUACAACAUUAUACUCUUGUGCAAGUAGUGUGUUUGUGUGUGCAAUUGUAUGAUAUGGAAGUGCAUGUGUUCUGGACACCUGGCCUUACAAAGCUCUUAAAAUAUUCUAAAAAUAAGACUUAUGUCUCACGUGCAUGUCUGAACACGGUGAAAAAUUCUACAAACUCUUGAUGUCGUGUGUGUGUUUGUGGUUUGUUCCCUACACUAUAAAUUCUGCUUAAAUACCUGUUUGUAAAAUCGCACAGGUAAAUGUUAGAGUGUACAUUUUGACGAAGCUUCAGUGUGUGUGUGUGUGUGUGUGUGUGUGAGAGAGAGAGAGAGAGAGAGAAUGUGAGCUGAUCUUGUGCAAUCCUAAACGUUGACACUGUGAUGUGUAGAUGAGAGAGACAGAGAGACUGCACAGCCGUCAUCCACAAUAAACAUGAACUCAAAGGGC